AUGGGAACGACAAUCAACGAUUUACCGCUAGAAAUAAUCGAGAUUAUAUGUCUUCAUCUGUGGUCAAUGGACCUUGCUCAGGUCUCACUUGUUUGUCAUAAAUGGCAUCAAGCUGUUGGCAUUAAACCAUUCAAAAAAGUUGGGCUUACUACUGAAAGAAACCUUGAUCGAUUUAUCGAUAUCUUGGAGGACAGUCCAUUUCCCUACGGUGCCUUGGUUGAACGCAUUCAUUUCGACAUAUUUCAGGUAUUCUUUACUAGAACUUUUGCAGUCAAUGUGAAAAAGCUGCUUUAUUUCUGUCCCAACGUGCAAUUUAUCACUAGCAACAAAGUCAUCAGCACUGCAGUAUUACAAGAACUCUUGUCAUUACCAAAAGACACCGAAUUGAACCGCUUAAAGACAAUCCCAAUCGUCAGUUACAGCCUUUGUUAUAAUUUGUGUGCAAGAAGGUUCAGUCAAUCCUUGAUAGAACUCGAUUUGCAAAAUUUUGCGUCAGAUAAGCAGCUUGUGUUAAACCAUGGAUUCCCCAACUUGAAGAGAUUGACAUUACGUUCAGCUGAUAAACCAUUUGAUCUGAUUGAUUCCGUGCUGACGAAAAGUGACCAUCUCGAAUACCUGAACUUUGAUUUAGCCAGCUCACGAUUCAGCAUACCUUCAUCAGCAAUUGACAAGUGCUAUCCCUCUUUGCUAGAGUUGACAAUGUUAUUCAAGGAGGAAUACAGCUUUGAUUAUAGAGCCUUAAACACAUUUUUUUUUAGAUUCAUCAAAUUGGAAAAGCUGACAAUGAGCAUUUUUGAUGCGAUCAAUGACAACCAACCUUUGGAUCAGCUGUACGCAUUUAGAGAUUUCAUAACUUGGGUCAACACAGUGCAUGACAGCAAAAUAUGCAUCAAAAACGUCAAACCUGAAAAUUUGUUGACAUAUCUCAAGUACAUUUACAAUACAAUUCCACCUCACAAGGAAAGCUGGAAGACAAAGAUUGUAUUCCUUCGCUCUUUGUAUUACAGGGGCUCCAUUAUAACGUACUCCACGCAUACAGGUUACAGAGAAAGAACCUUUGCUAUCACUCUUGACAAUUACUUUGCGAGAAACUUUGUGUGCAAUUAUUUGAACAAGCUCCAGAUGCCAUUUACAGUGUACAUUCAGUGA